AAAGUAAAAUUUCCCAAUUUGGGCCAGGGCAGUUCGUUCAGUGUGCGCCUCCACCGUGUCCCGGCGCAGAUUUCCAUCACAAGUGGAUGGAUUGACCAUACAGAGCUCCGUAUCGACACUCCACCGCAUGCACCGGCUCUGGACGUGCAAGUGCUGCGUGGAAAUGGAGCAAAGGGAACGGCUGACGAGGAGUCGACCCUCUCCACCUUGUCCGUCUCGGAUGCCAAGAUCCUUCUUCCCCCCGACGCCCUCAAGUACAUGGAAGGCAAAUACCACGUGCACAUCACCGUCCCGGAGAAGCUUCAUUCCCUCCAGGCUCAUCUCUCACAGUCGCCAGGCACCAUUUCUGUUAGCACCAAGGUGGAGGGGGAGGGCAUCGACAUCCUCAGCAAACAGGGGGACGUGCAUAUCAACAAAAUUAGA